AGUACUUCCGGGGUAGCAGGAGCAGCUCGUCGGCGGCUGUGGCGGCGGUGAUGAACUAAUCAUGUCGGAUAAAGAUGAUAUUGAGGCUCCAGUGAUAACUGAAGCAGCCCCCGUCCUUGAAGAUGGGAACUCUGAGCCAGCCAAGAAUUCUGAGUCAGUUGACCAAAGUAUCAAGCCAGAGAAUAAACCAGAACCUGUAGUUGCUACUCGGAAAAGACCAGAGUCCAAACCUUCCAGUGACUGUGAGACUUCAGAAGUUCUUCCUGUUCAGGCAUCAGAGGCUGCAGGCAAAGAGCCUGCUUCCAAAGAGGCACCCCAGACGGGAUGGGGCUAUUGGGGCAGCUGGGGCAAGUCCUUACUUUCCUCAGCCUCAGCUACAGUAGCCACAGUAGGGCAAGGUAUUUCAAAUGUCAUUGAGAAAGCAGAGACAUCUCUUGGAAUCCCUAGUCCCAGUGAAAUUUCAACUGAGGUUCAGUAUGCAACAGGAGAGACAAAUGCCAAAGAGAAUGAAAACUCCUUUCCAAUGACAGGAGCAUUUGGUGUAUUCUCAACCAUCUCUACUGCUGUUCAGAGCACAGGAAAGACCGUUAUCAGUGGGGGUUUGGAUGCCUUGGAAUUCAUCGGGAAAAAGACAAUGGAUGUAAUAGCAGAAGGAGAUCCUGGAUUUAAAAGAACCAAGGAUCUGAUGCACCGGAAUUCUACACUAUCUCAGGUUUUACGAGAAGCAAAGGAGAAAGAAGAGCAGUGGACCACAAAUGAGGUUACUAUGGAAACGGACAAGAAAACUCAUUAUGGGCUACUGUUUGAUGAAUUUCAAGGCCUUUCACAUCUAGAAGCUCUGGAGAUGCUUUCCCGAGAAAGUGAAGUAAAGGUGAAAUCUAUUCUUAAUUCUUUAAGUGGAGAAGAAUUAGAGACUCUAAAACUUGAAUUGGAGCACCUGAAAGAAGCAUUUUCCCUAGCAGAGUUCUCUGAGGAAGAGGAAGAAGAGAAAAAAGAGGAUGACGACUUUACCAAAGAGAUAACAGAGCUAUUUUCCCAGCUACAUGUCUCCUCCAAACCAGAGAAACUUGCCAGGGCAAGAAAUACAGCCUAUGAAUGGAUCAGGACAUCUCUGGAGAAGCCAUUAGAAGAGAAGGAAGAAGGAGAAAAACAGUUGGAAGGAGAAACAACUGAGCAAAUCAAUAAAAAUUCAAUAGAGGAUAUCCAUGCAUUUGCAAUCCGGAGCCUAGCAGAACUGACUGCCUGCUCAAUUGAACUGUUUCACAAAACAGCAGCUCUGGUUCUCCAUGGCCGGAAGCAGGAAGUGACAGCUAUAGAAAGAAGCAGAACCCUUUCCCAGAUGACAGUUGUGUUGUGUAAAGAGUUAUCCUCUUUGUCUAAAGAGUUUACCACCUGCCUAACAACUGCUGGGGUCAGAGAAAAGGCAGAUGUCCUUAAUCCAUUAAUUACUGCAGUAUUUCUAGAGGCAUCAAAUAGUGCUUCUUAUAUUCAGGAUGCCUUUCAGCUACUCUUACCUGUGCUGGAGAUCUCGCUCAUUGAGAACAAGACUGAAUUACCAGAGGCAUGAGCUGCGGAGCCAGAGGCCUUUGUCAGAACAUUGAAGAACAGAGAAGAUUGACCUGAGACUUGUGAUGGCCAAGAAAUGCCACUCUAUUCUGGGUACCCUUGCAGAAAUGAGGGAGAGAAGGGUUAUUUUAGCAUAAAAAAAUUUCAGGCAGGAUACCAGUUUUACAGGGAGUUUGUUGCCUUCAUUGCUUGGUUAAAGUAUUCAGGUUCUCACACCGCUCUUCCCGGUUGUUAUGAUUAAUAACUUAUUUGAAAGGAAACUUUCUAAAGAAAGUGAAAAAAUAAUAGCUCUAAAUAAAGGUUAGUGGGACACUCAGGCAAAUAUUGGUCUUUUCUUUGAUGGUGCAAAACACUAACAAUUUUGUCAUAGACAUAAUUGAUUGUUAAGCAAGAAAAAAGUACUUAAUUUAGUAUUCUAGAAUUCACAUUUGAUCUAUUAAUGCCAUGCACUUUCUUCUUUCUUUAAUAAAAUGGCUUUAAGAA